AUGUUGGCGUUGGAGUGUCUGGAUCAUCUUACAGCACGAUUCGCGUUUAUCGGUUUCCCGGGCUCUUUUUGGAGAAGGAAGGAAGGUUUGAAGAUGCACAUACUGUUUACACAGCUGCUGAACAAGGAUCCGACGAAUACACUGGCACGCAAGCGUAUGAUCGCUAUGCUCAGAGCUCAGCAAAAAAUUACCGAGGCAAGCGAUAGUUUGCGUCAUUAUCUUAACACAUUCACGAGCGAUUUCGAGGUGCGGAUACGCGUUUGUCCGGAAAGCUGGAAAGCACUUCUUCAGUUGUCCACUGAAGCUCGUGAUGAAGGCCAUUUGGAUGUGUACUAUGUUUUCGGGCAACUGAAUGCACUGGGUGCGUUUGCUUUCUGUGCCACCCGCCAAAUGCUCUAUCCGGGCGUCCCAUUGUUUGAUAGCCCACUGACUAGCCAGAAGCCUCCAACUGGAACGACGAGAGAAGGCCAAACGCAUCCAGAAAUGUCAACUGGACAUUCCAGAAAAACAACUAAUCGAAUGGAAGCCUGUUUGAAACUGCUUCAAUUAGAUAACACAUCACGUACUGCACUCAAUGAUGCCCUCAAGUCGUUAGACACUAGUUUGAUGAGAUAUACCGAAGCCAAAUAUUCACUUAACUCUCCGUCAACGAGCAACGUGAAGGUAGAAUUUAGAGAUGAUUCAAAUGAGGCAUCGGAGGAGACAGAAGAAUUCUUACCAGGUCUAAAUUUCAUCACAUACCCAGGAUGUUUGAACAAAGUCUUCGAUACACUAAGAAAACUGAACAGAGUAGAAAAGGAGUACGAAACGACUAAAGAAGAACCGACCGAUCACGAUCUCGAUAGCAGUGAAGCUAGUGCUGUUGAUGAUUCCCGUGGUUUUCAAAUGUUUCCUGAUUUGGUCCUCGAAUCUGUUCCUCCUGAGGAUCCUGUAACUGAUCAGGUAGUUGGGAUAUGCUCCCAGUUUACCCCAACUAAACGACGGUCGAGAAGAACGACAUCUAUAUCCCUAUCAACGAACGAUGACGAAGUGAGUGAUAUCGGUGAACGUCGUCGGCUUUUGCGACAGCCAUCGACAUGGGCCAAAGAAUUGGUGGCACAAGCCGCUGCAGUCCGAGCGCAUGGACACCAUCGAAGUCGUCGACGACCAACUCAACGUAAAUCACUCAAACGUCGGACCGAUACACGGUCGAUUAGUCUGAUCGAAGAUACACUCAUCGUAUUCAUUGCCAUUCUUCUCAGUCCGUAUUCUGCCAGUCGUAGCAAAUCGGCUCAGUCAACCGGAACUAAGCAGCUUCGCAUUCUGUCACAUCGGAACUCGCCGGAUGGUGGUCAAGAUCCGGUCACAGAAUCACAACCGUCCACAGCGACCGGUGCACGGGAGGAUUUAAUUGACUCACGUCUGUCUCAACUCUCUGAUCCGUCGAAUGAAUUAUUGACCUACUAUCGUCGUAAAGUAGAGACUCUGACGGAAGAUCACGAACAUGUUCAGCGCCGACUGGAUAAAAUAGCCGAUGCUAUUGGGAAUCAAGAAACACUGACUUGGGAAGUUCGUCAACGUGAGGCCGAAAUAGCUGAACUACAACGUGCCUUAUCUGAUAUGCAAGUUUACCUAUUCCAAGAACGUGAACACGUUUUGCGUAUGUACGCAGAGAAUGAUCGACUUAAAAUCCGCGAACUGAAUGACCGACGUAAAAUACAACAUUUGCUGCAGUUAUCCGGAUUGGGCCCAGCUGAAGUGACGUAUUUUCUACGAGACAGUUGUCCAUCGACCGCGCAGAAGAACAAACCUCACAAUGCUGAGGCUGGGGCUUCUCCCGAAGGAGGCCUACCAGAUACGGGUGAUGAUCUCAAGAGUAAAACUGAAUGCCUUUCCGGCUUGGUUGUUCCGCCGGUGGUUCCCCCUGUCCCCGUUCAUGGUGUGCUGGAACUAACUGCCUCCGGCAAGACUAUUCGUCGACAAGCCACUGGAGGUUCUACCACGUGUCAUACACACGAACCGGAUGAUGGAAGAACCAGCACCACCCGUCACUCCGUCUCCCAGUCAGAACAUGAGGCCGCACUGCGUGAGAUCGAGAUGUUGAAAGCCAGUUUACGCUCGCUUCAGACUCAACUGGCUGAACAAACUCGUACCGCUCGUGAACAGAUUGACAGUCUGCUAGACGAUCGAGUUGCAAUGCAAGAAGAGAUGGAUACGUUGCGCAAACGGCAUGAGGAUCGUAUACGUCAGUCAGCCGAACAAUUAAAACGGUGCCAGGACCUGUUAUACGACGGCACGGAGGAAUUCCUCGCUCAACGCAAUCAAUUUCGCCAGGCGGAGAAAUUGUGGAUUGCGGAAAAGGACAAGCUGUUAAGUCAGCUGGAGACGCGUCGUGUGGCUCUGGCCGCUCUUCCAACAGGCGCCAAAUCUAACGCGCGUUCGAACUCAAAGAUCCUCCUACAGUCGAAUUCGUCCGAGAGUAAUCACAUUCUGGAAUCGAAGACAUGGGCCCAAAUUGCGGAUAACUUGUCUGAGAAACGGAAGGAACAGAUGGCACAGACCAUAACCAGCCUGGAGCAUCAGUUGGAUCAACAGCAAAAAUUAAGUGACAUGUAUCGGGAACAGGUCAUUCAACUCGAGGAGGAAUUAGUUCGAUGUCGUGAAGAAGGCCUGAUGUCCAAAGACGUAUUGAAGCAGCAUACGGGAAAGCUUAAUCAGCGUUUACAAACGGUCAAUAACCGAUAUCGAGAACUGGAGCGACGUCGUCAACUGGAGAUGGAGGGCUAUCGGACCGAUAUAAACACAUUGCGCAAGAAGUUACGUGAAGUGGAAAAACAACUGCUCAAGGUAAGCUUGUCACACAUUUGCUAUUCUUUUAUAUCUGUCAAACCAAAAAUCGAAAUUUUCUCAUGUAAGGCAAUAAUUGUGAUAACUGGUUUUCAGUUUGCACAACCAUUAACCUUGCACCGUCGUGUGACAAUGCCACCAAACUUUGGGAUUGGGAACACACCUCUUGGACACCCCAUUCUUCAACAGUUCAUUUUAUAA